AUGAAUAAUAAAGAUGAAGUUACAUUGCUGCCAGGUGUAACAUUAGUUAAGGAUGCUAUUGAAAAUGGGAAAGCUGAAGCGGUUGCCAAGGAACUGGCGAAGUCUUUACCAUCAAACCCUGAUGAGAGAUUAGAUAAGUUCCUUCUGUAUCGCUUGGGGACAUUUCUGGACACUCAUUCGGUGAAGCUGAGGUUACUUGACGAGGAUACGGCAGAGGAAGCGAAGUCGAUGCUUGGAGAAGCAAGAGGAAGAAAACCGUUCGGGAUGGGGAAGAAAGGAGGCAUGGGAGGAGUGAUGGCUAUGGCUAUGAUGAUGAAAGUGAACGAGGCCCGUACAAGGCAUCGGCUGCCUGAUUCGAACCUUAAGAUACGUCAAUGA